CGUCCUGAUUCGAGACUGCUCUGACGUCAUAUUUGACCUGCCGGCAAUGUUAACCAAGAUCAGGAAAUGGCAGGAACACCAGCCAUGGGUUCGUUCCUGCCAUGAGCAGCAUGUGGCACUCUUUGCUUUUGCUGACUGAGCUACCUUGUCUCUCGUUUGUGCUCCCCUUCACUUCCGUAUUCUCCUUUCUUGUUGGUAUGUGAUUCUUUGCCUUGCUCCAGGCGAGUCUUUUCAUCUCGCCUUUAUCCUCUUUUACGCCCUUUAUGGUUACUUUCCUGGUAUUUGUCUUUGGGCGAUCAGACACCAAAAAUAGCUGUUAAAACAUCAUCUCUAUACCCCUGGUCGUUUCAGAUUCGUGCUUUGCCCUCUCAUCGUCUCUCCUUCACGACAGCCUAGCCCUAUCUCGUUUCCCUCGGCCGGUCAAUCCCUGUUCAUUGGGCCAACUAUUCGUCCUUCUUCUGGUCAUUUUCAGUUGCCACACUUGAACCGCAGAUCAAUUCGACUAGGUUUAACAAGAAACAAUUUCUGGGCAUCAAGAAAACAGUCCCUUAUUCGCACCUUCACGGCCGCCUAUACGUCACUAUCGACCCUGGGCCCUGGCUCCAAACCAACUCUAUCGUUCGUCUUAUAUCUGCCUCUCAACCGCAGCUUGAAUAGUCCUUUCAGCGUUAUGAUCACGACUGGCUAGCACUUAUUAUUAUUUCCUGACACUUUGGAUCUGAGGCAACUUCAUUCGACAGGCUUAUUGGAUCCAAGUCUCAAUUACCAACGUUCAACUUCUUCGUCUUGGUAGGAACAAAGAGCUCGGGUCGUGAGAUGGUAUUUUUGUCGAGGCGUAGAGGCGCCAGUAGCGUUUCUUUAUUUUGUCGAGUGCUGGUACCAGCUGUUGCCGUCGGGUGUCUCCUGAGCGCCGCAGGGGCAGAAGGGGCACACGACGAUCUUCUGCAUUUCCCUGGACGAAUUAGAUCUCCGAACCGAGGGGAACCAAAAGAUCCUAACAGGACAAUUCCCUUGACCAUUACCAACAAAUGUGACUCGACAAUCUGGCCCGGCAUUGCGACACAGGCUGGCAGAGGCCCUGGAACUGGAGGAUUCGAGCUCGCUCAAGGAAAAAGUAAAGACCUGUGGGUCUCAUGGGAUUGGCAAGGUCGGGUCUGGGGUCGUACGAAUUGUACUGUAAAUGGUGAUUCGUGUUCCUGCAAAACUGGAGAUUGUUUUGGGAUGUUGGAUUGCGAAGCCAGUGGUUCCACGCCAGCAACACUCGCAGAGUUCACACUGGCCGGUGGUUUACAUGGGAAGCAGACUUUCUACGAUCUCUCUUUGGUUGAUGGCUAUAAUCUCCCGAUGGGUGUCAACUACAUACCCGCCAAGAACACAACAUUCAUUCCGCCGAAUCUGACCAACUGCGCCUGCAUUGCGACACCUAGUUGGAUCUACGCCAGCAGCCAGACGGGAACAUAUUACACAAACUCAUCUUACCCUGUUCCCCUUGAGACUCGAGUCAGCAGUGACAAUGCCCGAAGCUGGUGCCCAUGGAAAUAUCUUGCUUUUCCACCCACUAAGCCUGGGGAUGGCGUCUAUCCUUAUCCAGACGACGACAUUCAACGGCCAGAGUUCUCCCCCUGUAACAGCGCAUGCGCUGCGUACGGAACCGAUGAGGACUGCUGUGUAGGGAAGUACCACGACCCAGAUGUCUGCAAGCCAUCUGCCUACAGCAAGAGAGCCAAGAUUAUAUGCCCCGAUGCAUAUAGUUUUGCUUAUGACGACCAGAAGUCCACGUUCAUUAUUCCUAACGGCGGAGGCUGGGAGGUAAUCAUGUGCCCCAAGGGUCGCUCAACUAACAUCCUGCGACAACUUGGGGAUGAAAUGAACGAGCUCGCCCAAUCCGGCACCCUAUCGGAGGUGACACAGAAAAAGCUCAGGGACGUCAGUUAUAUCGUAGCUGAGAGGAGCCUCGGAAACGAUGUGCCACCUAUCCAAGUCAUGAUGGCUUCUACAGCGUUGGCAACUGCAAUUUGGUUACUAGUAUAAGCUACAACGGGGCUUAUGCGAAACCCGGCCAUUGGAGCUGUGUAGUUCUCUUUUUUCUAUGGGUUUCAGGCUGGUUCCUGAUCUUAAGUAUACUCCUUUGAUGCCCGUAUGAAGAAACGAUAGACGAUGGAGAAGAAACCGCACCAUAUACCUGAUUAGAACGUUUAUACCCCCUUUUCGAUAACCUUAAAUGAGAAAUGCUUAUUCUUGCACCUGUGCGUAAGCUACUUAGGUUCUAUCGCUCUGAGAUUUGAUGAUUUAUAUCCACCCAUGAACUGAUUUGCCUCGUCUUAUUGUGAAGCAACCUCUAUAUCUGAAUUCGUGCAAACGUGCCAUGCUGCGCGUCUAUUUGCGCUGCCUCUCCUUCCGCCUCCUCUCCCACUCAGCUCUCUCCUCUUCAUCGCUUCCACUGAAC